AUGUUUGAGAGAGUUUAUGGUAUACUGUGGGCGGCUGGAUUGGCGCUUAUUGAGACGGAAUUCGAGUGGCUGAUGCAAUUCUGCCGCAUUAUGGAGUUCUGGACAGCGCGCGGCGUGUGUCAGGCCUUCCUCGCCGUCAUGACGCUGGAGCUGGUGCACAGCAGUGGCAAUAGCGACUUUGACAAAUCAGUACGAUUAUAUCGUACAGUCAGCGCAUUCUGUAUGUUGGGCUGCUCGGGGUUCUACGUCCUCGGAGGCAUGCUGUGCUUGGGGACCCUACGUAAUGCUCGCUACAAGCGGUUCGUUGAGCGGCUCCGAGUGGAGCGAGAUCUGGAGAGUCUGGACAAGCAGCGUGAGGAGCUUAACAGGCUGCUGGCGGCGUACACCAAGGAGUAG